AUGAACUGGGACGAAGAAGGCAACGAUUAUGUCAAGUGCAAUCUGCUCUCGAAGAGAGUCAGACCCGCCUCUGCCGUGGGUGAGCGCCGCGAGGAACAGCUGGCCGAACCCCAGCUGUCAUCAUCGUCUGGACCGCAGCCAUCAUCGUCACCCGAAUUGGCCAUCUUAUCCGAUCCGCCACAAGGACUCACCCAAGCCGAACCAUGCUCCACGAUACCGCACGAGGGUUCUCCAAUACCAGCUGUCAACACGCCCGAAUAUCGGAGUUCGCGCUCUCCGUUGUCGGCCACCAAGCACAAGGCGCGGCGUCAUGCGCUGGGAAGAGUCACGGUAGCGAGGUCAAUGGACGAGCUGACAAGGCUGGAGGCAGCGCGGAUAGAGCAGGAACGGCGGAGGUCCUGGGGCUGA